UCUCUACUGCGCAGUGUCACUCUCGCUCUCUAUCCUCUUCUUUACUUCCAUUACAGUAUUACACCGGUCUGGAUGAUUGCAGAGACAGCAACAUGGCUGUGAAUCUCAGCAAGAACAGACUUGCCCUUCUAACAGCCUACCAGGAUGUUAUCAACGAGACCUCGUCCACCGACUGGGCCUUGUACACAUAUGAGGACAACAGCAAUGAUUUGACACUGGCAUCAUCAGGAGCUGGAGGUCUACCAGAGAUCACAGUGACCUUCGACAAUGGCAGGGUCAUGUACGGCUUCUGCAGCCUGAAGGAGCCAACGGCCGCACUGCCGCGCUACGUCCUCAUCAACUGGGUUGGUGAGGAUGUGCCUGAUGCCAGGAAGUGUCAGUGUGCCAGCCAUGUGGCCAACAUUGCAGAGUUUUUCCAGGUCAGUCUCACUGAGGGAGUCAACGUCAUCGUCAAUGCCAGCACUAUGGACGACAUCGAACCAUCCGCCAUCGGACAGAGACUGACCAAUGGGACGGCUUUGGUGGCCAGCCCCGUCCUCAGCCGGCUGAGAACCAGAGAGGAGGAGAACGGAGAGCAUGGAGUGGGCACCGUGUACACCAAGACCAAUGCAGAGAUCGAGAUGAAGAAGAUCAAUAGAGAGGAAUUCUGGGAACAAGCCAAGCGUGAAGAAGAGUUGAGAAAGGAGGAGGAGAGGAAGAAGGUUGCGGAGGAGAGGCAACGCUUCGAGGAGGAGAGAAUGGAGCUGGAAAGGAAAGAGCAAGAGGACAGAGAGAAGAGGUACCGCGAGAGGGAGAGGCAGAUUGAGGAACACAGAAAGAAGAUGCAGGAGGAAGAGGAGGCCAAAGAGAGGACACGGAACCAGCCCCUCAUAACAGCAGAACCUAGCUAUGAGGAUCUGGAGAAAGAGAAGAAGGAGACUGAAGUGGAGGAGGCGAAAGCCCUGAUUGCCCAGCGGGCGGACAAUCCCAGGGAGUUCUUUAAGCAGAAGGAGAAGGCUGUGGCCACUGGUGUGGACGUCUCUCCUGUCUCUAUCCACAGGGCCGGCCGUUUGGACAGCCCGUUACCAGGCCGUUUGGACAGCCCGUUCUUGAAGCAGCAGCACAGUCCCAGCGAGCCCAGUCCGCCCCCCCUCCGCACCCCGCCUCAUGCGAGGCUGCAGCCCGCUGCACCCGAUGGCGAUGAUGAAGGGAGCUCAGACCGCAGCAUGGGGACGUCCCCAACGCCUAUCCCUAAAAUAGUCACCACACCCAUCCAGGAGGCAGAGGACGACAGCCGGAACGAGUGGGGUGAGCCCAAGCAGCAGCCAGGCCCGGUCCAGGAGUCCACCCCCACCAAACCCGUUCAGAGCGUGGCCCCGCAGACCCGCCCAGACUCCAAAGCCCCUUCCUCAGCCUCAGAUGACUACGACCCCUUCUCAGGCUUCAGGCCCCUUCCCGCCCCCACCGCCGCAGACCCCCUGGUCGACCUAUGGGACAGCAGUCCUGCCACAGGCUCCACCCCAUCUCAGGCCCUGCCCCCUGGAGGGCGAGUCGAGCCCCUGCUGAGCUUCGACGAGAUGGGGGACGUACCAUUCUGCCCGGCGGGCCCCGGGGGUGCUGAGGACGAGCCCUCCAGCCUGGUGGAUGUGGCUGGGACCCACGAUAUGACCCUGAGCUACCAGCAUGCACUGCAGCAUGCUUCAGAUGACACUCAGCUGAUGACCAAUGGGGAGACGCUGCUCAAAGAAGGGACUCAGGCGAGCGAGGGCUACUUCAGCCAAUCGCAGGAGGAGGAGGACUGCUCUGCUAAAAUGACCCCAACGCCAGUGUUUUAUAACAAGCCACCAGAGAUUGACAUCACGUGCUGGGACACGGACCCUGUAAUGGAGGACAGCGACUAGACGAUGGUGGAGUAGUACGGUCCGGUGGAGGGAAGUAGAAACAACGCAUCAUCAACGACGAAACUGAUUUUUUAAAAAGUAAUAAUAAGAAGUCUUGCAUAAAAAAAAAAAAAUCGGUAUAAUGUUCUAGAAUAAAACAAAAAUGUUAGCCACCGAAAAGGUUGUCAAGUUAUUGUUAGAGAUGCUAAUUGGUUGAUGAUGAGCUCUUGUGUUUGUUUUUUUAAAUGUAUUUCUUAGAUUUCUCCUUAUUUGCUAUGCAGAGUAAAUAGCAGGGAGUGGGAACUACUUUAUUGCGUACUUAUAUACACAGCUCAGUAGCGCAUGGCUGUGUCUUCUACAGCAGACUAUGACCCCUGUACCAGACAGGUAGCCUAUUAGAAGGUAGAGCAAACCCUAUUGUGACCAAUCACAAUUAUUCCUACCACAGCCCCCCCCCACCCCUCCUCUCUCCCCCAACCCUGGGCCCCACCUUCCACCCUCCCUAGUGCCAAGAGUUGCUUCCGCUCUGGCCCUAGCUUUGGCCCUCUCCCCUGAGGCCUAGGGGACCUACCCCCACCCCCCAUUCUGGGUAGCUAGUUGGGGAUAAAAGUGGGUACGGUGCCUGGGGGAAGGAAGAGGGGGAUCCGAGAGGAAAUGGUGCCAAGUGUAAUCCUGAAUUGUUCAAUGUUUCAGAUUGGCCAUGGGGCCUUACGCGUAAUCCACUGUGGGCAGAUAGAGGGGGAGAGGGGAACCAGACAAAGGUGUGGUCGACAUCAUACUACAGGCUGGGAUAGCAGUACUAUUGUACUAUACCAUAGUAAAACCCUAAUAUAUACUGUACACACAAGGGAGGUAUAGCAAAAUACUUGUUUGUGCUGUGCCAAGUCACUUUGAAAAGGAAUAUCUAUCGUAGUUUCUUAGCGUUGUGUUGGUUGGCAUACACACAUUUUCCCCUAGUCUGAUUUUCUGCUGGGAGAAUAUUACUGCUCUCCCAGCAGAAAAUCAGACUAGAGGAAAAUAUAUUUUUUACGACCUAUUAAAAGUGUACUAGAAAUUAAUAUUCAGGAUCUUUGAAUCAUGGCAAUAGCUGUAGUCUCUUGUUUUGUUACAUCUCCAGUGAAAACUAGGCAAUAACUGUAUCUAGAGUACUCAGAUGGGAACGAGGACAUUCGUCACACGUUGUGGCACUAUGAACGGAACAGUGUGUCUUGUGCGAAGGUGGUUCGAGAGCUGCUACAGUAGUCACUGCUUUGUAACACUACAUCCUUCUUUAGCAGUAGACACAAAUUCACUAUUUUGCAUUCCAUCUGUUUUAAUUUCCUUCGUCCUUCUUCUAAUAUGAUGUAGUUCACAUACACGCCCCUUGAUGGCCUCAGAGGCACUGUUUUGUUCACUGUUGUAAUUAUACCGUUGGACUAUGUGUUGUUUUUGCACAGGUCUCAUUCCCUGCUCGACUCUCACCCAGUCAUCUCAGUUCUGAUUUCACCCAUACAGUCUAAAUGAGAAACAAUCCAGUGGACUAGCUUCCCCAGUAGGCCUUAGAAAUGCUUUUGAUCAUCAAGACUCAUUAUACUCUUUAUUAAUGCUCGAAUGUUUAGAAAAUAUUAGUCUUGAUGCAACCCCCUCCACAUGGCUUAUAGACUGUCUUCCCCAGUCUUCCUUUAUUUGAUCUAGAGGUUGUUUCUUAUCAUUACUGUUCAAGGAUAGUUUCAUUUCUGAGAUUCCACACCUCAGAUCUGAUUCUAAAUCAAUCCUGUCACAGUUCUAUAUUGUUCUAUCUCUAUGUUCUUACCACAGAGUUCUGAGUGGGAACCAGCAA